CUGGGUGGCUGGAGAACGCGGUGCGGUGCGGUACGGUGCGGUGCGUUGCCCAGCCCGUCCUUCCGUCCGACCUACCGACUGACCGACCGACCGUCACUCCGUCCGACCCACUGACUGCGGAGCUCCGGCGGACGGCAGCGUCUCGAGCCCGGCUUCGCACCGCGCGCCCGCUCGACCUUCCAGUGACGCAACGACGUCCGCAGACAGAGUUUCUCCGGGAAUUUCGGACAAGACGGGACGAUCUGCCACCACAGACACGGAGGUCUCAAUCACUGAAUCAAUACCACCCACCAAGCUUUGUCUGAAACAUGACUAGAAAAUCGACCUCUCUGCACAUCUUUUAAAAGCAACAAGAUGGGUUGCUCUGUCCUGGCCUUGACCACGCUGGUAUCCACACUCGGUGGCUUGGUUUUUGGAUAUGAGCUGGCGAUCAUCUCUGGAGCGCUCCUUCAGCUGCAGGCCGAGUUUCACCUCAGUUGCUUCCAGCAGGAGGCGGUGGUGAGCGCCCUCCUGAUCGGCGGCUUACUGGCGUCUGCAGUCGGUGGCGUCCUUAUCGACCGCCAUGGCCGGAGGACUUCCAUCCUUCUCAGUAACCUCUUCAUCCAGGCUGGUAGCGUGGUUCUGGUUGCGAGCCGGUCUGUUCCCACUCUGGCGGUGGGUCGCGUUGCUGUGGGCUUCGCGAUGUCCCUGUCCUCUAUGUCCUGCUGUAUCUUUGUGUCCGAGAUGGUGAGUCCUGAGCGCCGGGGGCUGCUGGUCAGUCUCUACGAAGCGGGCAUCACAGUUGGCAUCUUGGCAGCUUACGCCAUGAACUACAUUUUAGAGGAUGUCAGGGGAGGGUGGAGGUACAUGUUUGGGCUGGCCAUGGCACCAUCCUCGGUUCAGCUUGCCACCAUUUGGUUUCUUCCAUCCAAUCCUGGAAAGAGCGUGAGGGACACGGCAAAGCCACAGAGACACAGUGCGCUCGUACGGUUCGCCAGCGGGGACCAGGGCGAGGCAGACAUGCUGGCCAUGAACCGCCAGAGCACUCCACCCAAUGGGAUCUUGGAUCUUUUCCGAAGCAAGGACAACAUGAGGACCAGGAUGAUCCUCGGUCUGGGUCUCGUGCUCUUUCAGCAGUUCACGGGACAGCCGAGCGUGCUCUUCUACGCCUCCACCAUCUUCCACUCGGUGGGCUUCCAGAGCGACGCCUCGGCCAUCCUGGCCUCUGUGGGGCUUGGGGUCAUGAAGGUCGCCGCAACCCUGGUUUCCAUGAUGUGCACUGACAAAGUGGGCAGGAGGGCGCUGCUGAUCGGAGGAUGCACCGUGAUGAGCGCCUCCUUGAUCGUCAUUGCGCUUCUCAGCAACCACACACUGCAUGGCCAAAGGAGGCCCUGUGAGGCCAGAGAGCUGCUGCAAAACGACACCCUACCGCUGAUUGAGCCCACAGGCGGCAGGAUGGUGCCUCUUCACCCAAAUAGCACCUCUCUCCUCAGGAGCUCUCAGGGCACGACGGGAGGGGAACGCGCUGUUCUCAGGGAGUUCGAUGUCCUCAGGCCUCUUGGCUUGAACCCGGACACCAACGACUCAGUCUUUUCCACCCCCGCGGUACCGGCUGGGCCUGUAGGUAACGGAGCUGGAAACUGGAUUGUUCUCAUCAGCAUGAUGGCGUAUGUCAGUGCCUAUUCAGUAGGAUUCGGACCAAUGACUUGGCUUGUGCUCAGUGAGAUAUUUCCUGCCUGGGUGCGAGGAAGAGCGUUUGCACUGACCACCUGUUUCAACUGGGCUGCGAACUUGAUCAUCACCUUCUCCUUCUUAAAUGUAAUUGAUGCUUUGGGUAUUUCAAGGACAUUCCUCCUGUACGGGCUGAUCGGAGUGGUGGCAGUUUUAUUUAUUUAUACCAUGUUGCCUGAAACCAAAGGAAAAUCCCUUGAGGAAAUAGACAAGGAACUCUCCAGGAAGAGACUAAGCAGCAGAGGUGGAUGCUGUGAUGGCCUGAAGAGAAGAAUUUCCUCCAAAGGUUAUGAAAGGGUGGAUGUGGAUUCAACAAACGCAUCAGAACUGUGAUCUUCAACCUCAAAGUCAAGCUGCAUGUGAUGGUCUGAAACACCAACCAGCUGUAGACAUAUCAGCAGUCACCAGUACUGAACUAUGCCCAAGUCUGCAUAAAUAGCCAGAACGACCAUCUCCAGGCCUCCGUGCAGCUCGUUUUGAAAUUCCCAACUACCUCAUCGCUUCAUGUCAUUUGUACAGGAUGUCAGCUUUCUAGCUAUUCACACUUCCUGUGGGAGGUUUUAAGACAUACAAGGAAGUGCAGGUUUUAAAACGCAUUUCAAGAAAUAAUCUGAUGUCAAUUUUAAGAUUAAAAUUUUUGUCAAAGUUAUGACAAUGGUUGUUAAAAUUUUACCGCUGUUAAAUAAAACACAAGUUUAUUUACACAUUCUUACAGACUGCUGUUCCACAUCAGGACAUAAAAAUAUAUACAGUGAUAAGGGUUCAUAGUUUCAUUGCAAUGUUUUAUGCAUUGGGGUUUUUACAACUGUAAAUAAAAGGUUAUGAAGCAUAGGUACAUCUGGGUCUAAGCUUAAGACAAUGUAUGGACAAAGACCCCGUAAAUGGCACUACAAUGCAAAAAGCUUUAAUCCCCUUCAAGUUUUGCAGUGUCCUUCCAUAUCCUCUAGGUAAAACUGGCAAGAACCAAAAAUACAACUGUAUUACCCUUCCAUAUAUAUAAUUCAGAAAGUGAGGUUGAAGAUAUUAUCAAGAGCAAUUUACCAUAUGAAAAAAUGCUCAAACUAAGUGCAAAGUCAUUUCAAGCACAAUGACAUCUGCAUUUGUGCUCUUAUAUAACAAAUGCCUAUUUCCAUGUUAGAAUAAGUUAAGUACUUUAAAGCCAGUUACGUCUAUCAGUGUAAGAAAUCAAAAAAACAAAAAAAAAAAAAAAA